AACCCUUUUUUUUGCCCUUUUGCCCCAAAUCACUCCCAGGAUUCGUUCAUUCGAGCGCAAUCCCCAAAUCUCUCAGCAGGAACCCUAGCCCUCGUCGCCAUGGCGAAGGCCUCUGACUACGCCGAUCUCUCCGAUGAGGCUCCCUCUAAUGGUUCGAUCUCCUCCAGCGAGGACCAAGCGGGCGCCGAGGUGGAAGAUGAGGAAGAGCUCGAGGCUGUGGCAAGAACUGCUGGCCCUGAAGAGGACGAGGGCGGAGAGGAUGAUUCGCAGUCGACUGAGGAUGAUGAGAUGCUCAGGAGGGAUAAAAGUGAUGACGACGACGACGAUGAUGAUGAGGCUGAAGAAGUAACAGUAAAUGGUGAUGUUGGAAAGCGUGAAAGAGCCAGGUUAAGGGAGAUGCAGAGGAUGAAAAAGGAAAAAAUUCAGUCUAUAUUGGACGCCCAAAAUGCUGCCAUUGAUGCUGACAUGAACAACAAGGGAAAGGGGCGGUUGAAGUAUUUACUCCAGCAGACUGAGAUAUUUGCUCAUUUUGCCAAGGGUGCCCAAUCUAGCUUGGAGAAAAAACCUAGAGGAAGGGGUCGUCAUGCUUCCAAACUGACUGAGGAGGAAGAAGAUGAAGAAUGUCUCAAGGAGGAGGAAGAUGAAUUUGCUGGUGGUGGAGGAACACGUUUGUUAUCACAGCCAUCUUGUAUACAAGGUAAAAUGAGGGAUUACCAACUUGCUGGAUUGAACUGGCUGAUACGAUUGUAUGAAAAUGGCAUAAAUGGCAUUCUUGCUGAUGAAAUGGGCCUUGGAAAGACACUGCAGACAAUUUCUUUACUAGGUUAUUUGCAUGAGUUUAGAGGGAUCACUGGCCCGCAUAUGGUGGUUGCUCCAAAAUCAACACUAGGCAACUGGAUGAAGGAGAUUCGGCGUUUCUGCCCUAUAUUACGUGCUGUCAAAUUUUUAGGAAAUCCAGAUGAAAGGAAACAUAUACGUGACGAAUUACUAGUGGCUGGGAAAUUUGAUGUGUGUGUGACUAGUUUUGAAAUGGCCAUCAAAGAGAAGAAUGCUUUAAGACGCUUUAGUUGGCGCUAUGUGAUUAUUGAUGAGGCACAUAGGAUAAAAAAUGAGAAUUCUCUCCUCUCAAAGACAAUGAGACUUUAUAAUACCAAUUACCGUCUUCUAAUCACAGGGACACCACUUCAGAAUAAUCUUCAUGAGCUAUGGUCUCUUCUCAAUUUCUUACUUCCCGAGAUAUUUAGCUCGUCUGAAACCUUUGAUGAAUGGUUUCAAAUAUCUGGAGAAAAUGAUCAGCAGGAGGUUGUUCAACAGCUUCACAAGGUUCUUCGUCCUUUUCUCCUCCGAAGACUUAAAUCUGAUGUUGAAAAAGGUCUGCCUCCAAAAAAAGAGACCAUAUUGAAAGUAGGAAUGUCUCAAAUGCAAAAGCACUAUUACCGUGCUCUUCUUCAGAAAGAUUUAGAUGUCAUUAAUGCUGGUGGUGAGAGAAAGAGACUUCUCAAUAUUGCUAUGCAGCUGCGCAAAUGCUGUAAUCACCCAUAUUUAUUUCAAGGUGCUGAGCCAGGACCACCAUACACAACAGGAGACCAUCUAAUCACUAAUUCUGGAAAAAUGGUUCUUCUAGAUAAAUUGCUUCCGAAGCUCAAAGAGAGGGAUUCAAGAGUUCUGAUAUUUUCACAGAUGACUAGACUUUUGGAUAUCCUCGAGGAUUACCUAAUGUUUCGUGGAUAUCAAUAUUGUCGAAUUGAUGGAAACACUGGUGGAGAAGAACGUGAUGCUUCCAUUGAAGCCUUCAAUCAGCCUGGAAGUGAGAAGUUCGUUUUUUUGCUGUCAACUAGAGCUGGUGGACUAGGAAUAAACCUUGCCACUGCAGAUGUUGUGAUCCUUUACGAUAGUGACUGGAAUCCGCAAGUGGAUUUACAAGCACAAGAUCGUGCACAUCGAAUUGGUCAGAAGAAGGAAGUCCAAGUGUUCCGUUUUUGCACUGAGUAUGCCAUUGAGGAGAAAGUGAUUGAGAGAGCGUAUAAGAAGCUUGCACUUGAUGCAUUGGUUAUUCAACAAGGUCGUCUGGCUGAACAGAAAGCUGUCAACAAAGAUGAAUUAUUGCAAAUGGUGAGGUUCGGUGCUGAAAUGGUUUUUAGCUCUAAGGACAGCACCAUUACAGAUGAGGAUAUUGACCGUAUCAUCGCUAAAGGAGAAGAGGCCACAGCUGAGCUUGAUGCUAAAAUGAAGAAAUUCACAGAAGAUGCAAUUAAAUUUAAAAUGGAUGACACUGCUGAGUUGUAUGACUUUGAUAAUGAAAAGGAUGACAACAAACUUGAUUUUAAGAAACUUGUUAGUGACAAUUGGAUUGAACCGCCUCGGAGAGAACGCAAACGCAAUUAUUCAGAUUCGGAUUAUUUCAAGCAAGCUAUGCGCCAAGGUGGUCCAGCAAAACCCAAAGAACCACGAAUCCCUCGCAUGCCUCAGCUGCACGAUUUUCAAUUUUUCAACACUCAAAGAUUAAGUGAGCUGUAUGAGAAGGAAGUACGCUACCUGAUGCAAACACAUCAAAAAAAUCAGUUGAACACAAUUGAGGAUGGUGAUGAGCCUGAAGAUUUGACGGGAGAUCCUUUGACUGCUGAGGAACAAGAAGAAAAGGAAAAGUUGUUGGAGGAGGGGUUCUCUACGUGGACAAGGAGAGACUUCAAUACAUUCAUCCGGGCAUGUGAGAAGUAUGGUCGCAAUGAUAUUAAGAGUAUUGCUUCUGAAAUGGAAGGGAAAACAGAAGAGGAGGUUCAACGAUAUGCCAAAGUCUUUAGAGAAAGAUACAAGGAAUUAAACGAUUAUGACCGAAUAAUCAAAUGCAUUGAAAGAGGAGAGGCGAGAAUCUCCCGAAAAGAUGAGAUAAUGAGAGCAAUUGGGAAAAAGAUGGAUCGUUACAAGAAUCCAUGGUUGGAACUGAGGAUUCAGUAUGGCCAAAACAAAGGGAAAUUGUAUAAUGAAGAAUGUGAUCGUUUCAUGUUGUGCAUGGUGCACAAACUUGGAUAUGGAAAUUGGGAUGAGCUGAAAGCAGCUUUCCGCACAUCACCUUUAUUCCGCUUUGAUUGGUUUGUUAAGUCCCGCACAACUCAAGAGCUUGCUAGGCGUUGUGAUACACUCAUUCGGCUGGUGGAGAAAGAAAAUCAGGAGUUUGAUGAGCGGGAAAGACAGGCUCGAAAGGACAAAAAGCUUGCCAAGAACCUGACCCCAACCAAGCGGUCCUCUGUCAAACAACCGGCAAUGGAGACGCCUACUUUGUCUUCUUUUAAGAAACGGAGGCAAUCUUCCAUGGAUGACUAUGUAAGCUCGGGACGAAGGAGGAGGUAAGUUUUCAAAAAAUUCAAGAACAGUUGUAGUAACACCCUUUUUGAAAAUGACCGGAGGCAACAAUUAUGGGAUACGCUUUGCUUCCUGUUGUAGUAACCUUAAGGAACUUGUGCCAAAAUGUUUCUGCUUUUGUUGGCAUUUGUUCCGAGUUUUAUGAGUGCAUGCAGCUGCACCUCAGAAACAAUUGGAACUUAGCAUGCUGUUAAGCAAUAUAUGUAAUAUUGAUAACUCAUCUCGGUACCUUUGCUGUGCUUGCUAAUAUAAAAUUAUUCUACUAAUUAUUUGA